GAGAAUUUCCGAAUCCUCCCGUUCUGAGAGAGUAAAUAAUGGCGAUCGACUCGUCCUUAAUUGCUCUGACAGAAACCUAGACCAGUUUCAAGGAAACGUGAAUUUCACUUGGAAGAAAAACUCCGUGACUAUACCGAAUGACGACCCACGCUUAAAUGUAGACGGGAAAGGCACCCUGCUACUUGAGCACGUACGGCAAAGGGACUCUGGACAAUACACGUGUACUUUUGGUACAGCCGACGUCUUUAGCAUUAGCAAUAUGACACUGUUUGUCAUAGGGAACGAUCCAUCCAACGGAGUCACAUCCACGAGUAGUGUCGCAGAAACUACCAUGACAAGCCUCAUAGCAAGUCAUACUAGACUUGCUUACAGCGUUACGACAAAAAGCUCCACGACAAGAAGUGUAAUGUUAAGUAGUGUCACGACAAGCCGUGCAAAAAAACAUAGCGUCACGAUGAGUUAUAUCACAAGAAGCAGUAUCACAACAAGUCGCGUCACCACAAAUAGCGUCAAGUCAAGUAAUAUAACGACAGGGAGUGCCACGACAAAUCCUGUCAUAACCAGUAGCAUCACGACGAGUAAUGUCCGGAAAAGCAGUAUCUUGGCAAGUCGCGUCAUGACAAAUAGUGCAGCAACAGGUAGUGUCAUGGCAGGUAGUGUCAUGAAAAGUCGCAUCAUGGCAAUCAGUGUCACGACAAACGAUGACACGAAAAGCAGUGUCGUAAAAAGCAAUGUGACCAUGAGCUGCGUCACGACAAAUAGUACGACGUCGGGUGGUGUCACGAGAAGUAGUGUCACGACAAGUCGCGUCAUGACAAUCAGUGUCAAGACAAAUGGUGACACGAAAAGUAAUGUCGCAAAAAAUAGAGUUGCGACAAGCCCUGUCACGACAAAUGGUGUCAAGAAAAGUAAUGUCACGACAAUUAGUGUCACGAGAAGAGGUGAUACGCCGAGCAGCGUGAGCAUGGUUUUGUAUACUACAGCGAUUGUGGCAACAAAGCAGCCAUCGCCCUCCCCUCGGUUAUUCACACAAACAACUACAAAUUUGAUUUCAAGCCUACAACUGCAGGUUGAAGCUCUUUUGAUCGGCGACAAACCCACCAACAUUAGUACAGUCCUUACCGAACUUGUCAAACUGACAAAGCCUGGGAACGAGCUGAAAGUUAACGCAAGCGAGCUCUCUUUAUCCUUGGAUAUACUAGAAAAACUUGUGACGUACAACUCCUUGGAGAACCACACUGCCAUUACCACACCAGCCGACCAACGUAACGUCUUGGAAGUAGCCAGUAAUUUACUGAAUGAAGAAAAUGUGGAAACGUGGUUAAUGUUAGAAGAGAAUCAAGAAAACAUCAUCGGUGUACUACUAAAGACAAUGGAAGAGUUUGGUUCUCAAGUAAGCAGUCAGCUUGGUAGAUCAAUUAAUUCUACCUCCUUCGUCCUUUUAUCAAGAAACAUUGCUUUCAGAGUUGAUCGCUUAAACUGGAAUGAAACGGUGAGUCAGCAGCAUACUUUUGGUUUGCUCUCUUUUUUCCCUCCCACUUCCUUUGACGCAUUAUCACUGACCGUCAAGAAAUGGCUACGAGUCGGACUGUAA